AAAUGAAACUGACAACCGAACGUUUUGUUGAUACCUUAUAGUAAUAAUAUUUAUUAGAUACCACGCUAUUAUAAAAGAAUCUUGCAGUUCCCGAUAAUGCUUAAUUAACUAUCAAAACUACAAGAUGCGGUUGAAGUGUUGUUUGUUCGUGGGAUUUCUCAAUUUUUUCUGUUUUUUUCUUGAAGCAACUGCUUCAUCUUUGUCCCAGGACUACGCACUUCUGCCAAAAAUAUUUUACUUGAAUGAUACCGAAGAAUGCCCUGAUGACAAAUUUUAUUGUAAGGUCGAUAUUAGGCUGAAGCCGAAGGAUGAAGAAAAUCCACCGAAAGUUUGGGAGUUAAUCACGAAAGAUUCCAUGUACAGAAGAGACCAUGUAUUCAGAGGAUUUUGCAUUGGGGAGAAAAGCAUUGAGCAGAAACUGGAGGAAGAACUACAUGAAUAUAAUCUAACAGGAAAUAUAAUUGAAUCGUAUUGCGAACGAAAAAAAACGUUUUACGCAGAGAUGGAACUCGUCGAUUUAAUCAUUAUAUCGUUCUUCAUGGCUCAUCUAGGUUUCAUAAUCUACAGUACAAUAAGAACAAACCAUUCUAAGAAUGAUGGUCUUUCUAAGAGUGAUGACAACAAAUACCUCAAAAUGUUCUCGUUGACCAAUACAUGGAGAGAAAUAAAUAAUCCAAACAGAAAUGAACAUUUCGACAAUCUACUAAGCUUUCAAGGGAUGCGAACAUUCGGCAUGGUUUUGGUUACAUCAAUCCAUAGUAUUUUGGUGUCGAUGAUGGUGUUAUUCGUCCGAAAUCCAGAAUAUUUCGAAGAAGUUCCCCAUAGUUUAUGGAAGCCAAUAUUCCAUGGUUCUUUUGGACUGGCAGUUCAAAUUUUUUUCAUAAUGUCUGCUUGGCUUCUAUCAGUGCAGCUUCAUGGUAUAGUGAAAAAAAAUGGAGAAUUCACUCUGAAGGAUUUGCUGUUAUUUUGGUUGAAUAGGUACUUGAGGUUAAUACCAUCCUUGUUGGUGAUCCUCAUAUUGCACACCUCGGAUGCUCUAGCCUCUACUUUUACGCAUCCAUAUUACUAUUCAUCUGUCAUGGCUGAAAUGAAAAGAUGUAGAUCAAUUGGGUGGAAAAAUUUAUUCUUCAUUCAAAACCUCAAUGUUUGGAAGGAUGGAGGAGUGUGUGCACCAGUGACUUGGUAUGCAGCAGCCGACUUCCAGUUGUACAUAUUACUAUCAGGGAUAUUUUACGUUAGCAGAAAACUUAAAAUUCCGAUGAAGUAUUUCUUUGGUUUGAUUGCCUUCCUAGCAGCAUUCAUUCAAAUUUUCAACAUGUUCACUAUCAAUUUUGAAGGUUUGGUUCGAUUCAAUCCAAGAUUUCUGCCUGCAGAAAAAUUUAUGGCUUCGGCGGAAAUGAGCUUUUCAUACCUUCCAACAUAUGGAAGUGCAAUCACAUAUAUCAUAGGUUUCCUUUUCGGCUCCAUAUAUUGGCAUAACAGAAAUAAACCAAUUUUUGAUACGAUGAUGAAGAAACUGACUUUUUAUGCAGCUUUCAUUGGCCUUCCCCUUUUAGCCAGUUAUCUGACUGAGUAUCGUCCAAACAGAGUGGUGGAAGCUGUUUUGAAUCCACUUGUUAGACCUUUAUUCGGCCUCGGAAUAGCAGUUGGACUUCUUGGUAUGGCAACCGGAAGUGGAGGUUACAUCAAGAAAUUUUUCGAGAGUGCACCUAUGGUGUUUUUGGGAAAUUUCACAUACAGCACAUACCUUUUCCACUUCACUCUCGUUUUCGGCCGAAGAGUUUUUCGGGCUGGUAAUAUCGAAGUAGACGAUCUCGUAUGUUAUGGUAACACCCUAAUAGAUGUCCCUUUGUCCUUCAUGAUUGGAAUCGUUUUUUACAUGAUUUUAGAACAUCCCCUCAUAAGGCUGCAGAAAAUAUUUAUUCCACAAAUAUCCAACAGAAGGAAGAAAGAAGAAUCAAAAGUAGAAUAAUAAUCUGUGGUGCAGAUAUUGUUAUGUGUUUUGGUGCUGUUUUGAAUUUUGUUGUUUUUAUGAAAUAUAAUGAAGGAAUA